UACAUAGCAGCAAUGGAGAGAGUGGCCAGAAAGAAGAAAGCAUCACCUCUCUCUCUGCACCAAUUCAUCUCUAUUACCACCCCUCUUCUUGAGUUGGAAAAGGAAGCUGAGAUAUCUAGCACAGGAGGGUCUCAAAAGAGGGUCCUAGAGGAUGCAGAGAAUGAAGAAUUCAGUGUUGAUGACUCUCCCAUUGAGCAAGUGAGGCUAACAAUUCCAAUAACAGACGACCCUACUCAGCCAGCACUAACAUUCCGGACAUGGGUUCUGGGGUUGGCAUCAUGUGUGCUUCUUGCCUUUGUGAACCAAUUUUUGGGCUACAGGACCAACCCUCUAAAAAUCUCUUCUGUCUCAGCUCAGAUUAUUACCCUCCCACUUGGGAAACUGAUGGCUGCAACACUUCCCACAAAACAGAUUCAAGUCCCAUUCACAAAAUGGUAUUUUUCUUUGAAUCCAGGGCCAUUCUCUUUGAAGGAACAUGUGCUGAUCACCAUCUUUGCUAGCUCUGGAUCUACUGCUGUUUAUGCAAUUAACAUCAUCACAAUUGUUAAGGCUUUCUAUCAUAGGAGCAUCCAUCCGAUAGGGGCUUUCUUGUUAGCGCUAUCGACCCAAAUGCUUGGGUAUGGAUGGGCUGGAAUUUUCAGAAAAUUCCUUGUUGACUCCCCUUACAUGUGGUGGCCUGCAAAUCUUGUGCAAGUGUCUCUAUUCAGGGCAUUUCAUGAAAAAGAAAAAAGGCCUAAAGGAGGACACACUAGGCUGCAAUUCUUUUUCCUGGUCUUUGCAGCAAGCUUUGCUUAUUCCAUUGUUCCAGGCUACUUAUUCCAAGCAAUAUCAACUGUCUCUUUUGUUUGCUUGGUUUGGAAAAAUUCCAUCACCGCUCAACAGAUUGGUUCAGGAAUGAAAGGCCUUGGCCUUGGCUCAUUUGGCCUUGACUGGAACACCGUUGCUGGCUUCUUAGGCAGUCCUUUAGCUGUACCUGGUUUUGCUAUCAUCAACAUCUUGGCUGGAUUUGUGUUUUAUAUCUAUGUUUUAAUUCCCCUUGCCUAUUGGAACAAUUUAUAUGAUGCCAAAAAAUUUCCCCUCAUUAGUUCUCAAACAUUUGACUCUACCGGUGCACUAUAUAAUGUUACUCGGAUUCUAAAUGCCAAGACUUUUGACAUUGAUUUGGAUAGUUAUAACAACUACAGCAAGAUCUAUCUCAGUGUUACAUUUGCAUUGGAGUAUGGAUUGAGCUUUGCAACUCUGACUGCCACUAUUUCACACGUUGUCCUCUUCCAUGGUGAAGCGAUUCUUCAGAUGUGGAGGAAGACAACAAGUGCACUAAAAGGACAACUUGGGGAUGUGCAUACAAGAAUUAUGAAGAAAAACUAUGAACAAGUCCCUGAAUGGUGGUUUGUCUCCAUUUUGAUUCUAAUGGUUAUUGUGGCCUUAGUAGCUUUUGAAGGCUUUGGCAAGGAGCUUCAACUGCCAUGGUGGGGAAUCUUACUUUCUCUAGCAAUUGCAUUAGUUUUCACAUUGCCAAUUGGGGUCAUUCAAGCAACAACAAAUAUCCAAAUAGGACUCAAUGUGGUCUCAGAGUUAAUAAUUGGAUUCAUUUAUCCAGGAAAGCCCCUUGCUAAUGUAGCCUUCAAGACUUACGGGCACAUCAGCAUGCUACAAGCACUUGGGUUUCUUGGUGACUUCAAAUUAGGCCACUAUAUGAAAAUUCCUCCAAAAUCUAUGUUCAUGGUGCAGUUGGUAGGCACGGUAGUUGCUUCGUCUGUCCACUUUGUCACAGCAUGGUGGCUUCUCACAUCGAUUGAGAACAUAUGUGAUGAAGCAUUGUUGCCAAAUGGUAGUCCAUGGACAUGCCCUAGUGAUGAAGUGUUUUAUAAUGCUUCAAUCAUAUGGGGAGUAGUAGGGCCACAGAGAAUGUUUACCAAAGAUGGUGUUUACCCUGGUAUGAAUUGGUUUUUCCUCAUUGGUCUACUUGCUCCUAUUCCAGUGUGGUUGCUUUCUCGCAAAUUCCCCAACCAAAAGUGGAUUCAACUCAUCAACAUUCCCAUUAUCACUACGGCAUCCAACAUCCCUCCAGCCAGAUCUGUGAAUUAUAUUACUUGGGGAAUUGUUGGAAUCUUCUUCAAUUUCUAUGUUUAUAGGAAGUUGAAGGCAUGGUGGGCUAGACAUACUUACAUCCUCUCUGCUGCUUUAGAUGCUGGAGUUGCUUUCAUGAGUGUGAUCCUCUACUUUACCCUACAGUCUUAUGGUAUUUUUGGUCCAACCUGGUGGGGUCUUGAUGCCAAUGACCACUGCCCUUUGGCCAAAUGCCCCACAGCUCCAGGUGUACAUGCAAAGGGAUGUCCAAUUCUCUGACUUCCAUAUUAGCAUUCCAUCACCCAUAUUGGACAUGAAAAUGUAUAGAAAUUCUGAAUAUUCACUUUCUGUCUCUGCUAACUAUAAAAGUAUAAUAGAAACCUGGACAAUCUAUACAGGAAGUGAGUAGAGCAAGAAAAAUUGUUCAAACAAAUUAAGAAUGAUAGGAAUCUUCUUUAUACUGAAGAGGUUUUGGUCCAAUUGAUAGGGCUAUUUUGUAAUGAGGCCUAAAACUUGGAAAGUUAUACUUCAAAAACUAUGAAGAGAAAGGGAACACUUGAAGUUGA